AUGCAGGAGAGGCUGCCGUUCCGUGCGAUCCGGCCGAGCAAAGGUGACAUGGCCAUUAGUCAAGCAGCAAGGCUCGCCACCAUGCUUAUGCUACUGCCGUUGCUGCUCAUUUCUUGCGGAGUCGGGAGCAUCCUUUGCUCGUCGAUGACGACGGUCCAUGAUAACAGCACGGAUAUGACCUCGCUGCUAGAUUUCAAGCGGGCCAUCACCAACAACUCAAGACAAGCCUUGAGAUCUUGGCACGCGAGCGUCCCUCUUUGCAGUUGGGAGGGCGUCCACUGCAGCUCGGGGCGAGUCACUAAACUGCACCUCAGCGACCGAGGGUUGUUGGGCCGGAUAUCCCCCUCCCUUGGCAACCUAACGUUCCUUAGGACACUGGACCUGUCCCAAAAUGGCUUCACCGGCGAGUUACCUCCUUUCAACCGUCUCCACAGACUGGAAUACCUUGACUUGGGACACAAUUCAUUGCAAGGGACGAUUCCAGAUACUCUCACAAACUGCUCCAAGCUACGGAUCCUAGACCUAUCUGCCAACUUACUAAUGGGUGAAAUUCCCCUUGGUAUAGGUCGCCUAUCCAAUCUAAGGAAAAUAUGGCUUUCCUCAAAUAAUCUCACCGGAGCAAUCCCACCAAGCCUAAAAAAUAACAGUCAGCUUGAAGACAUCGUGCUUACUGAAAAUAAGCUCACGGGGACCAUUCCUGAUGAGAUGGGAAUUUUCCCAUCUCUUGUUAAUUUAGACCUUGCUGGAAAUAUGCUAUCAGGUGGAAUUCCAGAAACCUUGUACAAAUACAAUCAGUCUUCUCUCCAAUAUUUAUACUUAUAUUCCAAUAUGCUUGGGAAAACAGUGCCGUCGAACUUUGGUGACACCCUCCUGAGUCUUAAACAUCUCUGUUUGGACAACAACAAUUUUGAAGGUCAUCUCCCUGCUUCACUAGGCAAUAUUUCAGAGCUAAGACUGUUAAACUUGUCGUCCAACAAUUUCAUUGGUCAAGUUCCAGGUUCUUUUGGUAAUCUUGCACUGUUAGAAUACCUAAUCCUUCAGCGAAACAACUUUUGGGGCUUCAUCCCAAUAGAGCUUGGUGACUUAAAGCAGCUCACCCAUCUAGAUCUGUCUGAUAAUAAUCUGCAAGGUGGGGUGCCAUGA